AUGAGGGAAGCGCCACGUAUCGCCCUCCUCGCCAUAUCAACCUUCUUUGGCCUCAGUGUUACUCAAAGCAUCGUACCGACGUCUGGCUCGGGCACGUUUCCCGCCUGCGCUGUCAACUGCGCCGUGCUUUUGCAGGCCCAGAGCACCUGCACCCCGCCGAACGUCGCGACCACGAACGAUCUCACGUAUGAAAACUGUUUCUGUCAGAGCUCCCUGCUCGCCGCACUCUAUAGCACUCCAGACUCUAUCUGUACGGCCGAAUGCACAGCGGAAUCGGAUAGGAGCGAGCUCCAAACAUGGUUCCAGGGCUUCUGCUCCGAAGUUGGGAAGGGCAUCGACCCUCUGGCAACGACAUCCACGCAAACCCCAACAAGUACAAUUGUAGUGACGAUCACGAGCACCUCGACCCCGUCACCCACCUCGACAGGCACCGGCAGCGUCGGUGGGGGCACAUCUGGUUCAAAUAAGAGUUGGAUUGAUACGCAUUGGAGAUGGAUUCUCAUGAUCGCAAUCCUCAUAGUCGGAUUCGCUCUCCUGGCCUGGUUACUCGUCUGGUUGAAACGCCGACACCGCAGGAAGGUUGAGUCGCAACGCGUUGCCAUGUCGGGUCUACCGGUGGUGAGUGAGAAGGACUCCACGCGCGGACCGACACCAGAUCUAUGGGGUCCUCAUCAGCAUAUGCACCAUACUCAGGGGUUUGAGUAUCCUGUGGCUUCAACCAUGGGUAGUGGUGCCCUCAAUGCGAGCGACGAUCGACGCGACAACAGGCAUUCGAAGAGAGGGUCGUCUUCUCAACCCAAGCGCCAAGGUCGCAGCGAAAUGACCGACGUUGCAGGCCGACCGUCCGCUUCAAGACGUCGUUCGUCCAAGGGCAAAGCCAGGGCUCGAGACUCAACAGCCGAGAUCGGCCCUGAGCAAAUUAGUCCUGUGGAGAGAGAUAGAAGUACAAGUCAUCGGCGACGAGAUCGGGAUCGUGAUCGGGGUCGAGAGAGGAGCAUGGAAAGUGCUAGCGAUAUUAAUCACCAGCAGAGGCUUCGCGAAGUCAGAGGGGCUCGCCGGCAAAAGGAUCAUGACGACCACUCGUGA